AUGCACCACCACCUCGAUGGUGAGGCACUACUCACAGCCUCUAUGUGUUCGGUAUUCGUUGCCCCACAAUACAAUGAGACCGUAAAUGUGACCUCAGAACUUGGUAAUAUAUCUCUUCAGUUUCUUUUUCAAGUGUUUAGUCUCCAUAAGAUUCCAGGGCCCAUGAGUCUGACCUUGUACCGAAAUGGUCCGGCAGACGUUCUCACCAUUCUCUUCUACGCCGUUGCUUGGAUAGUUGUGCAUGCCGUUAUCCAGGAAUAUAUUUUGGACAAGCUGCAAAGAAGGGCUCGGCUAUCCAAAGUGAAAACCUUCAAAUUUACUGAAUCCGGACACAUGUCCCUAUUUGCUUUAUAUUCUGCUUGUCAUGCGGCAUACGUUAUCUCAGAUUUUAUGCAAAAUUAUACUGAUGUGAAAAGAAUCUGGCUGGGUUAUCCUGAAGAGCAUAGGUGGAUGAAUCUUAAUAUGAAGAUUUUCGCUAUUCUGCAGAUAUCUUACUGGGUUCAUCAGUUUCCGGAAUUUUACUUCCAAAAAAUGAAGUCAGAUGAGAUGCGACAAAGGACAAUUCUUUCGCUUUUACAUAUCUGUUUCAUCGGCGCUGCUUACGUCAUGAAUUUCAUGCGAUUCGCCGUUGUACUUCUGGCUCUUGAAUAUGCUUCGCAGACAAUUUUCCAUUUCUCGCGCCUCAUUCAUUUCCUCGAGAAGAAAGAGAUCGCCAAGAAUGGGUUUACACUAUGGAAUAUCGUCUUUCUUGUAGUUCGCUUGGCGUCAUCAGUAUUGACGGUGAUGACAUUCUGGUAUGGUCUGCGCCAGUCAGAGACGGCUUACAUAGAUAUAGCCAGUGGUAAUUACAACACAACAUAUGUUCGGUUAGUGCUCAUGUUGACAUUAUCUGCUAUUUCACUCACAAAUGAUUUUCAGCUUGAAUUGUCUGCUAGCUGUUCUAUCUCUACAGUUGUUCCAGCUGUGGAACUUUACUAGCU